AUGUCGUCUGAAAUCAUGGCGGCCUACUGGCAGGCGCCACCAAUGGCUAGGACAUUGGCGACGGCCAUUCUCGUUAUUUCCAUCACAGGUCACUUCGGACUGUUGCCGAUCGGCUGGCUCUACUUCGAUGAGAGCAGACUCUUCAAACUGCCGCCUGAGAUAUGGCGUUUUGUCACAUCUUUCCUGCUCAGCUCUCCGCAGCUGGGCAUCAUAUUGGAUCCGUACUUUGCCUAUCAGUACUUGAGCCAGCUUGAAACCACAAACCCCAAGUUCCAAAGGAAGGAAGACGUCCUUUGGUAUUUGAUUACCGUUGGUGGUUUCAUCAUUACCGUAAACCGAAUCCUCUUGGGUGGGUAUUUUUUCCUCCAAGGAUUGAUCAUUGCGAUGUGCUACACAGCCGUUCAAGAUGCCCGCGGCGUGAAGUCGAACUUUUUCUUCUUCACGGUGCCCGCGCAGUUGAUCCCAUAUUGCAUGCUCCUCUCGUCGCUGCUCAUGAACCCCAUGGCGAUCCCUCUUCAGGUCACCGGUAUUCUUGCUGCUCAUUGGCACGACUUUGUGACGCGUCUGUGGCCCGAAUUCGGCGGCGGCUCGAGCUUGUUACCUACGCCCGCUUUCCUGUCUCGUUUGGUUGAGACGCCGAGUGUGUUCCAGCGCGAGUAUGGCACAGCCAUCCGUCCAGGUCCUGGCGCUCCGUCUACAGGCAGCACUACAGGUGCGUCCACUGGCUCGGUGCUUCCGGAUUCAUGGAGAACCCGUGGUUCUGGCCAUCGUCUGGGCGGUGAUUGA